AUUCGAGCCCUUGCAGUGCGAGCAGUCGUAAGUUGUCUGUCCUCAGUGAAGGAAUAUCAAGACAUUUGUUUUUAUAGCAGUUAACUCAUAUGCGUUUUUCUUAUUAAUUUGUGUUAUUAAAGUAUUAAAAUUCUUGGAAUACGGAUUUAUAAUAAUAUCUCAACGAACUCUCGCGGGUGCUAAAGAGAAUAAAGACCGUAUACGAAGAUGUGCGGUGGUUUUACGUGUUCUAAAAACGCAUUGACGGCAUUAAAUAUUCUUUAUAUCGUUGUUGCAUUUAUUUUAAUUGGUGUGGCUGUUUAUGGAAGAGCUUCAGCAUUAGUUACAAAUCUUCCUAUUAUUGGAGGUAUUUUAGCAUGUGGUGUUAUUUUGAUUCUAAUUUCUAUAAUUGGUCUGAUUGGUGCUGUUAAACAUCAUCAAGUUCUAUUAUUCUUUUAUAUGUUGAUUUUAUUUCUGUUAUUCCUGAUUCAAUUCAGUAUUGCUUGUGCUUGUCUUGCUGUCAAUGCCAAACAACAAGAACAAUUAGCAGAACAGGGUUGGAAACAUGCACCAGAAUUAAGAACAAAAGUUGAGGAAACUUUUAAUUGUUGUGGAUUCAAUGGUACUGAUAGCACAUUUAUAAUGAAUAAUUCAGAUUCAUUAUCAUGUAAAAAUAAACUCUGUUCUUGUCAAUAUCCUACAGAUAUUGAUUGUGAAUGUCCAUCUUGUAUGCAAAAAUUACAAUCCACAAUUGAUUAUGCUUUUAAGCUAUGUGGCAGCAUAGGAUUGUUUUUCAGUUUUACUGAAGUGAUUGCAGCUUUCUUGGCAAAACAUUAUAGAAAUCAACUAAAUCCAUGUUCAAAAACUAUAUUUCCUUAGUAUAAUUUUAUUUACAUAGUUCAUAUAGUUUAAGAAAAAAAAUUUUUUUUUUUUUGAAAGAUAGAUUUUAAUAAGUAAUGAGAUUAAUGAUUUAUAACUAUAAUUCUGGUCACUUUUGAUUAUUUAAUAGCCAAAAAACCUAUUUUUAUUUAACAGUACAAACAUCAUCUUGCAUACAAUACAAUUUUUGAAAAACUAUUGGUCUUUCACACCGCAAUUUAUAAUGCUCAACAGAAAAAAAAAAAAAAAAUAGCACAUUUGAAACAGUCAUAGAUUUUAGAACAGAUUAGAUAACAUAUAAUUAAAAUGUGUGCUCUAGUCAUCCAUUUAGAAAAAUCGUACUAAGCCUCAAUGCGCCUUGUAGUUUAAUAUUUAGGUACAUUUAUGCAAACGCCUUUCUACAAAACUUUGUUUAUUUAUAAAAGAUAACUUAUAUAAAUAUGAUUAAUUAUCAAUAGUAAAUUUACUUUCUAUCAAUAUAUUUUUUAAAAGUACAAGUGAUAUUAAAAAUUUUUAAAUAG